GGGAGGGAGGCGGCCUCUCCUGCAGCUCAUGCUGCUGCUGCAGCGGCCGCGGCGAGAGGCGCCUUUGCCGAGCGGCCCGUUCCUCGCCUCGGCUCCCUGCCGACAUCGGCACUAUAAGAAGAAAUGGGCAACUACUGCUCCUCGGAUGCUAAAUACUAGACGGGCUCUGCAGAUCUUUGACAUGAACUACAGUGUGCAGUUUGGUAGUCUCUGGCCCUCCAUCCGCAUCAGCCUCCUGUCGGAACAGAAAUAUGGAGCUCUGGUCAACAAUUUCUCUGAUGUGCAGCAGAUAAUCCAGCAACUAGAAGACAAAAAUGCAGUGGAUUUUGUUUGGGAAUCUCUACAACGAGUGCAGGAUUUGGAUUCUACAGCUAAGCAAGUUGCCAGUGAAUCUACCUUCUCUCAAGAAACUCAGGCUGAACCUUCUGAGCUACCCCAAACACAGCCCUUUCCUUCCAUCAGUCCUAACAUCAAAUGCUACACAUUCCCCAAAGGAGAUAUAAGUCUUUUUCAUCCAGCCAAACCAGACUUUAUAGGAAUUCUGGGCUAUUAUCUCCUGGAUGCUGCAUCAAUCUUGCCUGUCUUGGCUCUCAAUGUACAGCCUGGUAACUUAGUCCUUGACCUUUGUGCAGCACCAGGUGGGAAAACGUUGGCACUUCUGCAGACUGGAUGUUGUCGAGAGCUGGCAGCCAACGAUCUCUCUGUUUCACGCACUGGCCGGCUGCGUGGGGUUCUCCGCAGCUACCUUCCCAGAGAGAUCCACAAUACAGUGCGGGUUACAUCAUGGGAUGGAAGGAAGUGGGGUGACCUGGAGAAAAACACUUAUGAUAAGGUGCUUGUGGAUGUGCCGUGCACAAAUGAUCGGCACUCACUCCUAGAAGAGGACAAUAAUAUUUUUGAGCGCAUGAGAAAAGGGGAGCGUCAGAUGUUGCCAAUGCUCCAACUGCAAUUACUCGUAGCUGGAAUCCUUGCUACCAGUCCAGGAGGAGAGGUGGUGUAUUCGACAUGCACCUUAUCUCAGCUGCAGAAUGAGUAUGUGAUUGAGAAAGCUGUGGAGUUACUAGCAAUCCAAUAUGAAAUCAGUGUCCAAGUUGAAGAUUUGAGCUAUUUUCGGAGGCUGUUCCAGAAAACAUUUUCUUUCUAUCCAGAGUGCAGACUUGGAGAGCUCAUCCUUCCCCAUCUCACAGCUAACUUUGGACCCAUGUACUUUUGCAAAUUGCGCAGGUUGAAUUAGAAGGAACAUAACAUGUCAUGAAAGGCGGAACGGAAAUCUUUCAGAUGUUACUUUGACAAUUUUAAACAUCUUUUUAAAGGGCUGUGAUUGUAAUUACAAGAAAAUAUGAACAUCUUGCUUUGUUGAUCACACUGCUGUCCACUUUAUAUGUGCAGUCAUUGCUUUGGGUUACUACCUGCACCUCAAGUUUUUUUUAACAGAAGAUCCAUUUGGAACAGAGGCACGUUCGCAUGCCGCCAACAUGGCCAUCAGUCCAAAUGUGCGAGCAUUCCCAUGGCAGCAUCACCUUGCCAGGUAACACUUAAGAGUCCCUGCACUUUAAAGCUGCCUCUCCCAAUUUGAUGCCCUCCAGAUCAGCACCCAUCAGCCCCAGCCAGGUCAGGAAUACUGAGAGCUGAAUUCCAAAAGAUCUCUAGCAUGCUAGCAUAUAUAUCUUCUCAGAAGUAAAUCCAUUGCAUUCUAAAGGACUUAAUCCCAGGUAAGGAUUACAGUUUUAAAGCUACAGACUAAUUAUUUCUACCAUGUACAUCACCCGUAUGGUUUUUAGCAGCAACAGUGUGCAGUAAAUAGCAUGGAAAGCACCUCAGAGAUAUCUCAAGAAGAAAGUGAUACCAAAAGUUUUCAAUUAUGUGGAAAAGGGAGUAAACUAUC